AUGACUACCUACGUUGCCAUGAGCUUCCCUCCUGAAACCUCGCCCGCCACCCAUCCAUUCGGCCCUGAUGCCGGCCCAUCUACAGCCGCUGAGCCACCACCAUCCCAAUACUACCACCCAACCGCUGCAGAACUUUACCAAAGCACCCAACAUGGACCCCCUGCAUCACCCGGCGCUGACGCUCUUCUGCCUGGCGGUCCUGGACUCAACCACUACCCUUCCGUGAAUGGCGCCCUCAGUCUUCCUCGUAUACUUCAGGUCGAGAAGCAGCAGGUCACAACAUCAGCCACCCAGUUAGCUAGUGCUAGUAGAAGACGCAACGAAGCACAUUUCAUCUGUCCAGUCCCGGGUUGUGGGAGCACCUUCACGCGUCGUUUCAACCUCAGAGGUCAUCUUCGUUCGCAUACGGAAGAGCGUCCCUAUAUAUGCGAGUGGCCGAACUGCAAGAAAGGCUUUGCUCGCCAGCACGACUGCAAACGGCACCAGGCGCUUCAUACGGCAAAAACACAAACCAACGUCUGCGUGGGGUGUAAGAAAACGUUUAGUCGACUGGAUGCUCUCAAUAGACAUAUGCGCUCUGACGGCGGCGCUGAGUGCCGUGCAGUACGAGACCAGAUGAUGCAAGGGGUUGCUGAAGAACCCAAGGCGGAGUAG